UAAGAAUAUAUAUAAAUGUCAUCUGCUUGAGAUGUUUGCCCUUCAUGGGUUGCUAUUAUUGAUGCUUGCCCCACUAUCCCUCUCAGUGAUUUUGAAGAGAAGCCAAUAGAAUUCUUUACUAGCUUACUCAUGGCAGUCGCUAGUUUUUCUAUUCUGUUCGACGCUAUUAUUGUAAUUUCGAAUGCAAAGACCUGGAGAAACAAAAGAAAUCUAAUUUUUGUGUAUUUAAUUCCAUUCAUCCUUAAUGAAACUCUUUUAAAAAAUUAUUUUAAACAACCAAGACCUGCUCUAGCCUGUGUAAACAGCUAUGGUAUGCCUUCUGGGCAUGCCACGAGCGCUAGCACUAAUUUUGUAAUGGUGUCAAUGCUGCUGAUGAAAGGAAUGAUGAAAAGACCUAAUGUUGGUCAUUUCUAUCUGUUUUGGAUGCCCCUCCAAGCAUAUAGCAGAAUUUAUCUGCACUAUCACACUGUAGAUCAAGUCCUUGCAGGAUUCACUCUCGGUAUCAUUGCUAGUAAUAUUCUGCUUAUGUUCUUCCCGAUUACUACUGACAAAGAAAACAUUGAGUACCAGGUUCUAGAUGAAGAGAUCGUCCACCUCAUCGAGCCAGCUCAGGAAAUGAAUCAUCCUGAAUUGAUGAUCUAG